AUGCAAGGGGUUCAAGCCCCGCCAAAUUCCCAACUCCGGACAGGUAAUAUAUGCGGUCCGAAUGCAUCACCGAAGGAUAGGAUAGACUGCAGCUCAGAUUGUUGCCCCGAAGCGGAUGGUCAAGCUACGGCCUGCCCUGAUCCUUGUGCCACAUCAUGUAAAUGUGAUAUAACGUACCGUCGAGCACCUGAUGGAAUAUGCAUACCUUCUAGAGAUUGCCCGCCGAUACCAUGUGGGGAAAACGAAGAGUUCGUAUCUUGUCCAACUUGUUUCGAAUCCUGUGCUAAUGCGAGACCUGAUGGGAGGAUUUGCCCAUUUUAUAGUACAGGAACUGUUGUGUGUAAUCCAAAAUGUCGUUGCAAAGACAACUAUUGGAGAAAUAAUGACAACAAAUGUGUCCCAUAUGAUCAAUGUCAG